CAAUGGCAAUUGACUCUUGAACUUUGUGACCAGGUGCUCCCGACCAGACCGACGGCCCCAAUCCCCACUACGAGAUCAUUUGCAGCUUUCUGUCUUGCCUUAGCGUACUCUCUACCGAAUGACCGACCGACCGACCGACCGACGGCCCCGGGGUUGAACACGCGAUGGGGUGGAAUGGGAUGGGAUGGGACGGGACAUGUGCAGCUGUACGAAGUAUCCAUAGUCUGUGUUCGUACUAUGUAUUGUCAAUCGCUUCUAUCUCGUUGCCGUCACGUCGUCACCCUCGGCUAG